GCUCCUGUUGUUUUAAGUUGAAAGGAACAUUUCGCUACUACUUCCUUGUGUCGACACGCGGCUUGACUUUGCUUCCGGGACGGAGCGCGAUGACCCCGGAAGUGAUGGUUAAGAGUCGGUCCAAAGGUCAGCUCCCGCUAUGGCGUUUGUUUUCCUGGCGCUGUUUCCAAGUUUCUUGGUCGCGUCCUGCUUUUCUCAGACGUACAUACUGAGCGACACCGACGGACCGGGCCGAGUUUUUGACGGCAUCGGAGGCUUGAGCGGCGGGGGGGCGACGACGCGUUUACUGGUCAACUACGCGGAGCCCCACCGAAGCCACAUCCUCGACUAUCUUUUCAAGCCCAACUUCGGGGCCUCCUUGCACAUGCUGAAGGUGGAAAUAGGAGGAGACGCUCAAACUACCGACGGGACGGAGCCGUCGCAUAUGCACUCGGAAGACGACGAGAACUACUUCCGGGGCUACGAAUGGUGGCUCAUGAAAGAGGCCAAGAGGAGGAAUCCCAACGUGACCCUCAUCGCCUUGCCCUGGGCCUUUCCCGGCUGGGUGGGCCGAGGCAAGAAGUGGCCCUACGACUUCCCGGACGUCACGGCGGCCUACGUGGUCAACUGGAUCCUGGGCGCCAAGCGCUUCCACGAGCUCGACAUCGAUUAUGUCGGGAUCUGGAACGAACGCAGCUUCGACAGCGCCUACAUCAAGCUGCUGCGCGCCACUCUGGACAAAAGCGGCCUCCGGCGCGUCGGGAUCGUGGCCAGCGACAACCUGUGGGAGCCCAUCUCCCAGGCGCUCCUGUCGGACCCGGAGCUCAGCCGGGCCGUGGACGUGAUCGGCGCCCACUACCCGGGCACCGUCACCGUGGCCGAGGCCCUGAAGACCGGCAAGAGGCUGUGGUCUUCGGAGGACUACAGCACGUUCAACGACGAGGUCGGCGGAGGCUGUUGGGCCCGCAUCCUCAACCAGAACUACGUCAACGGAUUGAUGAGCGCCAGCGUCUCCUGGAACCUGGUGGCCAGCUACUACGAGGCGCUGCCCUUCGGCCGCGACGGCCUGAUGACCGCCGCCCAGCCCUGGAGCGGCAACUACGUGGUGGAGUCUCCCGUCUGGAUGACGGCUCACACGACGCAGUUCAGCCGGCCGGGCUGGUCCUACCUCAAGACCGUCGGACAUCUGGCCAAAGGCGGAAGCUACGUGGCCUUGACCGACGGCGGAGGAAACGUGACCGUCGUCAUCGAGACCAUGAGCCGCGACCAUUCCCGGUGCAUCAGACCGCCGCUGCGGCCCUACUCGGUGACCUCGCAAAACGCCACCUUCUGGCUGCGGGGCUCCUUUUCCUCCGUCCAGCGUUUGCAAGUGUGGCGCUCCCGCUUUAACUUUGGGACAAAAACGCCCACCUUCUUCGAGCGGCUCACUCCGUUGAAGCUCUCGGGCGGCAAAUUCAGCCUCGGUCUGGCCGUGGAUGAAGUCUACACCGUCACCACGAUGACCGGCGGGCGCAAAGGCGAGCACCCGGAUCCGCCCGCCCCCGCUCCGUUCCCGGAGGAGUACGAGGACGACUUCGACGUGCCGGACGCUCCCUUCUCGGAAGCUCCCAACUUCGCCGACCAGACCGGAGUCUUUGAAUAUCACACCAACCUGACGGAUCCCGGGCCUCACGCGCGGACCUUGCGCCAAGUCCUGACCCAAUCGCCCAUCUCCUGGGUGGCGGAUGCCGACCAGACCGUGAGCGUCAUCGGCGACUACGCGUGGCGGGACGCGACUGUCCAAUGCGACGUUUUCAUGGAGCGCGCCGAGACGGGCGGCGUCUUCGUCGCCGUCAGGGUCGAUCGCGGAGGGCAGACCGUCCGCGGCGCCAGGGGCGUCUUUUUCUGGGUCUUUGCCGACGGAACGUACAAAGUGACCAACGACCUGGCGGGUCUGACCGUUCUGGCCGAAGGGCCGUCCGGCACCCGGGCGGGCGACUGGUACAGGCUCUCGCUGGGCGUGCGGGGCGCGCUGGCGUGGGGAAGGUUGAACGGUUUUCUUUUGUGGAAGAACGCCGUGGCGCUGACGCCCAGCAACGGAUGGGCCGCCGUCGGGACGCGCUCCUUCGAGCCGGCCCAGUUUGAUAAUUUUGCCGUCAAGGCUGAGAAGCGACUCGCCUCGUAAAUUGCGAGCGCCGUGAAAACUCUUUGGGGAAAAUCGCGGCGCUCCGUUUUCGUGCGCCUCGUUUGCCCGCGUUGAUUCCCGAUUGUGACUCUCAAUCAAUACUUUGAUUCCGAUGAAAAGCGGCCGUCGCUCAAUGGAAAUGGCCUCCGAUCAAAAGCCCAAAGGGCGCCGUUUUCCUGACCCCGAAAACGGCUGACCGGACUUCCCGCCCUCGGCCACGCGAAUCGGCAUAAGCGUCGUUGAAAACGGACGCGCUUCCUGCACGUCGUGACAACCGGCCGGCGGAACGUCGGGAGCCGAACUCGCUCAGAUGUCGACUUCUUGAGGGCCGACGUCUUCAGGUGAAAAUUGGAAAAACGAUUUGACAGCAAUGCUAACGAAGACUCCGCGUGGCCUCCUUUCGUCUUUGGUAGCGCUCGCGGAGACGAAAGCCAAAGACGUUUGAAGUUCCGACGCAGUUUACGCGCGCUGCCCCCUCCUUUUUUGCGUCUGCUCCUUAUAACAUUUCAAUUCACCUCAUGAAAUAAUUUGGAUUCAAAAACAUUUCAUUGUAAUAAGAUGCUUUUUCUUCUUUUCCUUUUGAUUUCAGAAUAUGACAUUUUACGCUGAAAAGUUUUUCCUGACUCAAUUAUCACCAAACUGUUCUAAUAAA